AUGACGACGUUGUCACAAAGACAAGCAGCGAUUGUUCAAAGUAGGAGGGAGCUGAUGGAAAUGAUCCAAGACAUGCCCGAGUCAUGUUACGAACUUUCUCUAAAAGAUAUUGUUGAUGAUGAGCAACAAGGUGCUCAGGGGGUUGGAGGAGAAGAAACUGAUGCCAAAGAGACAAGUUUCAGCUUUCGCAGUGAAGAAGUCCAAAUCAGGAAGCAAAAGAGCAACGUGAAGAAGAAAAGCAGCUACGAAAUAUCAAGGACUUGUUCAAGCAUGGAAAGUGAAACUUUCCUACUUAAGAUGUUCUUUCCAACUUUUCUAGGUUCAAAGAAGAAACCAAAAUCACCUGGGAAUCGCUCCUCAAAAGUUACCCCAAGCCCUUCAUUAUCAUUGAAGGACAACCAUAAAGAUUGGUGUAAGAUAAGGACAUUUUUCCUUGCAGGAGUAAAUAAAAACAAUCAGGGAAACAACAGCAGCUGCAGCAGCAGAACUAGGUUUUCUGAUGAGACCAAUGCGUUACCUGGGUGCUGGUUCUUCUUCCACAGCAAGAAAAGCAAAACCAAGAGACAAAAGGGAUGCUUAUUGUAA